CCAAUUUUUCAGAUUGAUUCAUAGUAGACUUCUAUUUUAGUCUUCGAUUUCAAAGCAAAAAGAAUUUUAUCCUCUUUCGACUAAAAUAUAAUACUCCCAAAAUUUAGUUAUUGAUUUAUUGCAGCCCAUAAACUUAGUUAUCGAUUCAUCUGCGCUACCGUUUCUCUCGCAAUCUUCUGACUUCAAAAACUCCCAAAAUUUGAUCUUUUCUUCUCCCUUCACUAGUAGAUCUUUCGAUUCUUCACAAUCAAUUCUGAGUAGUUUUGCACAACGAUUCGUAAUUUUUUAUGUGAUUCUUGAAGGUUUUACAGCUGAAAAGUGGUCAAUUGUGGUCCAAUUUUUCUUUUUAACAUUUUGCAGAGUUUUGAUCUAGAUGUGGUUUUACUAUUGUUAAGCUAGAGGAGAUGUAUGUUUUCGAAUAAAGUUCGUGCUUUUGUUUUGUUCAUAUUUGUGCGAUUUAAUUUGGAAUUGUUGAAAUUGAGGGGUGUGCAUAGGUUUGAAGGUUUAUUUUGAUGGCUGUGGAGGAAUUAGUUGAGCUUAAAUUUAGGCUGGCUGAUGGCAGUGAUAUUGGGCCAAGCAAGUAUAGUUCUACCACAACUGUCACUUCUCUCAAAGAAAGGAUUAUUUCACAGUGGCCUAAAGAUAAAGAAAAUGGACCUAAAUCCGUAAAUGAUAUAAAGCUCAUUAAUGCUGGAAAGAUACUAGAAAACAACAGAACACUUGCUGAAUCACGAACUCCUCUAAGUGAAGUUCCUGGUGGCGUCAUCACAAUGCUUGUGGUAGUGCGUCCUCAGCUUCCGGACAAACACAGUGAUAAAUUGCAGGAUGAAUCCCAGAAAAAGGUUGGAUGCUCGUGCACAAUCUUGUAACGUAUUUGGCAGAGCCAAAGCAACGUCGUUUUGCAUUGCAGGUUGCUGAACUACAUUUACAUGCAUUUUACGUGUUCUACAGAGUUAUGAGUUCAGUUUCCGAUAAGCUGUACAACCCAUAUCGAAAACAAACUCCAGUUUUUUCAUAACACAAUUAAGGAUGAAUAUAUAUAUGUACUUAUGUCACUGUAAUGAACCGUUUAUAAAAGUAAUUUGCUUUUGAAACAGUA